CGUCAUCUAUUGUCCUCUGUAGCUCCAUGAGAUAUAUAUCCAUGCUGUUCCAACGUUGGACUGGACUAACUACCACGGCCUACCCAGGGUGAUUGGAGCGCGCCAUGAUUUCUUUCUUUACUAUUUUCUUCAGUUUCCCUUCUGCUAUCGCUCUAUUGCUUUCAAGUUAUCUUGUGUACCAUGUCAUUAUAGCACCGCGGUUCAACCCCCUCAGAAAGUUGGCUGGACCACCGUUGAAGGGGCCACUGGACAACCACAUGUCACCUGUGCUCGACCCAUUCAGGUCACCCAAGACUCAUGCUGCCUAUGUAGAGAAAUAUGGCAGGAAUGUCCGUAUAAGGGGGCUUGGUCCCUGGGACGAACGCCUUCUCCCGCUUGACCCUGUUUCUGUUGCACACGUACUAAAGAACAGCACAAUCUACGAGAAACCGUGGCAAUCUCGGAGGCUCAUCACGAGCCUCAUUGGUUGUGGUAUGCUUGCUGCAGAAGGUCAUGUUCAUAAGCGUCAACGCCGAGUCGCCACUCCUGCAUUCUCCGUUCAGAACAUGCGAGCCCUUGUACCUCUUGUCUUCGGCAAGGGAGAAGAACUCAAAGAUAAAUGGAUGGACAUGAUUCAGGCAGUGAAGGAAUGUGAGGCAACUUCGGAAAAGCAGAAUUCCGACCAGAUAGAAAUAGACGUUUGUCAUUGGAUCAGUCGAGCUACCUUCGACGUAAUUGGGCUAGCAGGUUUUGACUACCACUUCAAUGCUAUACAAAAUGAGUCGGACGAGCUCUUUGCUGCGUAUAAGGAGAUGUUCGAGAUUGCCGUCUCGCAAGGAGAUGGCGUCAGGACAGUUCUGGGGAUUUACUUUCCCAUCCUAAAUAGUCUUUUCCCUGAUAAGAGGGUUAAGACCGUCCACAGAUGCCAAGAAACUAUUCGCCGCGUAGCAGGGAAGCUAGUGCAGCAGAAGAAAACCAGAAUCUUGGAUGGAGAGAAGAACGGUUCCGCAUAUGCCGGCAAAGAUUUGCUAAGUCUGCUGCUGAAAUCCAAUAUUGCAACGGAUCUUCCACCGGACCAGCGAAUUUCCGACGAAGAUAUAUUACACAAUAUUAAUACCUUCAUGUUCGCAGGAUCUGACACAACAUCUCUCGCUCUAACGUGGACGCUUCUGCUCCUUGCAAGGCAUCCAGAAUUGCAAACUCGUCUUCGCACGGAACUUCUCUCUAUUGUAUCAACUACUCCAAUAUCCCGACUGUCAGCUGAAGAAAUCGAGUCUCUGCACAACACCCUGCAGAACUUACCAUACCUGAACAACGUCUGUCGGGAGUCGUUACGUGUAAUCCCUCCAGUCCAUUCUUCCCUCCGCGUUGCAACACAAGAUGACGAGAUACCUGUAUCAUAUCCUGUCCACCUGAGCGACGGCACGAUCUCGGAGCAAAAGACUAUACGUGUGCCGAAGGGGAGCUUUGUGCAUGUCCCGGUUGAGGCCUUCAAUCUCGACAAGGGCAUAUGGGGGGCCAAUGCUUGGGAUUUUGACCCUGACCGAUGGGAUCAUCUUUCGGAGGAUGUGCUGUCACUUCCAGGCUUAUACUCUAAUCUUUUGACCUUCUCCGCUGGACCGAGGUCAUGCAUCGGGAUGCGUUUUUCCAUGAUCGAGAUGAAGACAUUUCUCUACAUCCUUCUGACGACUUUCACCUUUGCCGAAACAGACAAAAGAAUAUACAAAGCCAACGUCGUGCUCACCAGGCCAUAUGUUUCCGGACAGUUUAAAAAAGGAAGCCAGUGUCCACUGCUUGUAAAACCACUUGUGUCGAUUGCCACUUCCUAGCACCUCUAAGUAUUUCUACAUCUACUAUAUGUUAAGCACGCAUACCCUACGCAUACCCCCCACCACGGGUCGACACUGUGGUAGACUUGGAGGGAGAGGGACGUUGUAUCUGUAACAGAUACUAUAUCACAUUAGGACUAUGUAACUUUAAGUAAGCGGCUACCUAACCAAGGCCAUCUUUGAAUCGCAUCCCCCUGCUCACAAUACCCACAUGUACAACUAGCGCUAGUACUAAUUCAGUUCUCAGUUAACUAGUUGUAUCCUUGUCGCCGCAUGGAAA